AUGUCGGCCGUGCAGAAACGCAGACGCGCCAAGGUUGCCUGCGAGCCGUGCCGCUCGCUCAAGCGCAAGUGCGAUGGCGGCCAGCCAUGCACCUCGUGCGUCCGCUUCGAGUACGACUGUGGCUACCUCAAGGCAUCCCCAAUAUCGCCCCUCAGCCGGGCCACUAAUGCCUCCAGCCACCAGCGUCCCAAUUCUCCAGCGAAUCGGGCUCGGGUAUCCAGCUACAAUGCUCAGGCUCGACCUCUACCCGCCGCUGCCGAGAAGUCGUUGCGAUCCCUCGAGGCCAACUCUGGCGCCGCCUUCAUCAGGAGGCUGGCUUUGAGGAUUGACCCAAAGAACGCUCCGCGAGCGCAUCUCUUCGCCUGGAACACGUUCAUGGGGUCUAGGGACAAGAUCGAAGGUGUCUCUUGUGAUCAGAUACCUCCCUCGGUCAUCCACAUUCUAUCACAGACUGACAUGGAGACCCUGGCGGCUGUCUACUUCAACUGCGUCGAUCCAAUCUACGGCUUCAUCGACCGCAGGGAGUUUGACCGCCAGAUGAAGAAGCGCUGGUUUGACCCGGUCCUGCAGCACGAAUACGAUGCCGUCCUCUGUGGUGUCGCUGCUUUGGGCUAUGUCUACUCGCAUGUCCAGCCCACCAAGGCAGAGUUCUAUCUCGUCCACCACGCGAGGCUGCUGCUCGAGGCAGCGCUCUCCAUGACCCCGACAGUGACCCUGGUCACAGCCUGGGUGCUACGCGUGACUUACCUCAGGAUCACCGGCACACCCCAUGCCGCCUGGAUGGCGUCUGGCAUCCUCAUGCACAUUGUCGAGGCCGCCAACCUGCACUGCGAGCCAUCAGAGGACUCGGUCUUUCCCACCACCUCGAUAGGCGAGACUGUCGAUCCUGACAUACGCCGCCGCAUCUUUGGCAUUUCCCAGCACCUCAAUACCUGGAUGUCCUUCGACAUGGCGCGGUCGCGCAUCGUCCUCCACAAUGCCACGACGAUAUCACCAAAACCUCGGGACGGGGACUUCACCGUUGAGCUUCUUGAACUACUGCCAUACUCGGCCAUCCUAAACCCGGACCACGAGCCGAGUGUGCCUGAGCUAGAGAACGCUCUGGUGGAGGUCCUGGACCGCGAACACACAAAGGUUCCUUCCACCAUGGCUCAGUGCAACUUGAUGUUGUGUAUAUGCCGCCGCCUGAAAUCGAACAACGCUGCCUUUACCGGCCCGUUGCUGGCACGUAUCCUCGACCUGACGAUGAGCGGUAUCCGAGCUGCCCAGACAAUGAUUGACGAGGGCCUUCCAUGGCACCACAUGGCCAACGUCCCAUUCCAAGUCGUCUGCAUACUGCUCGCUAUCGACACAAGCGCCUCCAUUGGCCUGGUCGGCGAGGCGAUGCAAUGCCUGAGCAGCGCUGUGGCCAAGUACAAAACCGAGGCGCUCCAGGAGGCGCUAGGCACGGCCUCUGUGCUCAUAUUGCUACACCAGAAACGUAAAGAGCGCUGUGCUGCCCGGCUGGGCAAUAUCCUCAAGCAGCACCCUGUCCCGGGUCAGUUGUCCGAGAAGACUGCCGUGGCAGGGGUCGCGUCACAGGCGCCGCAGCUUGGCGAAGCUGAUCUCGGGUGGCUGGAUGGGCUUGUGGCCGAGAUUCCGUCAUUGCAGGACAUUGAUCUGGGUUCAUACCUGAGCCAGGAGCUUGUAUGGGACAGCAAUAUCGCGGCGGGCAUGUUAUGA